AGCUCAAUGAAGUACAGCGAGGACCCUGCAUGGACCGACGUGGUCAAGGUGCCGCAGGAUGACGGCCCGGACCCGAUCGUGAGCAUCGCCUACUCCGCCGACUUUACGGACGUAAUGGACUGUUUCCGAGGUGUGCUCAAGCUCAACGAGUACAGCGAGCGCACACUGGCGCUGACUCUGGACGUGAUCGACGUUAACCCUGCCAAUUACACGGUCUGGUACUUCCGACGGCGUGUAUUGGAGGCUCUAGGCUCGGAUCUGCGUGAGGAGCUGCAGUUCACAGCCGACAUGGCCAUCCAGCACCCCAAGAACUACCAGAUCUGGCACCACCGCCGCGAGAUCUGCACCAUGCUUCAUGACGGCAGCGAGGAGAAGGAGUUUUGUGCUAUGGCCAUCGACGGAGACUCGAAAAACUACCACGCCUGGGCCCAUCGCCAGUGGGCAGUCAAGACCUUCGGGCUGUGGGACGGAGAGCUCCAGUAUGUGGACAAGAUGCUGCUCGAGGACGUGCGCAACAACUCGGCAUGGAACCACCGCUGGUUCGUGCUGAGCAACACGUCGGGCCUUGCUGCUACAGCGGAUCGUCAGCGCGAAAUUGACUAUGCAUUGGACAAAAUCUCCAUCGCUGUGCACAACGAGAGUCCGUGGAACUACCUUCGCGGUCUCGUUCGCGGUCAUGAAGCUACGUUUGCAGCACAGGUGAAGAAGAAGACACAGGAGAUACUGACAGCUACGCCGGAUUGUAUCUUUGCAGCGGCGUUGCUGGUGGACUUUUACGGGAAGGAAGGCUCGGAGGAGGCUCUUGAAGCUGCCAUCAAGCUGGUGGACACGCUGAUGAAUGACACAGACCGCGUGAGGAAGGCCUACUGGCAGUUCCGUCUCACCACGCUCAAGCGCUGCACGUAGAGGACUCUUAUCAACACGAAACAAGCAGGGCUAUAUUGUUUUGGUCUUCGUCGCUAGGACAUUGGUGCAGAUCCUAAGCUCUAGCCAGGCUCUUUGUCUCUACUUGACUGAUUAAAUGUUGGACGGGAAGUUGUUAACUGUCGCCAUGUCCUCCACCUUGCUGCCAUUUACGAAGAAUUCCAGCUUAAUCCUCAUGAGCACAGGUUUCUACAAUAACAAAACAACACAACUUAGCAAAUCAAAGGCAGUAAAAAUAGUCCAAGCAAGGCAUAAUCUUACCUCGCCCUGC